GUAGGAUCUUGCUACAGACAUUAGCAACCCUAGUUUCGGCAACAUGACCUCCUGUUUGCGCUCUCUCCGCGCUCUCCGGGUGCACCGCAUUCAGCACGCUCACUUGCGCCCCGUUGUGCGCUCUGCCCCUAGUGCUUUCCACAAGCUCUACUCAACUGAGGCCGCGGAGGUUGAGAAUCCGGCAGCAAAGUAUGCCCCAAAAGCCGGGCAACUAGCGAGGUUUUGGAAGAAGGUGGCGAUCAAGCCCGUGGACGAUCAGUUCCACGUCACUUUGGACGGACGAAGCAUGAAGACCCCCGAUGGAAAUCCGUUGGUGAUCCCCGCGAGUAGGAAACUGCUCGCCCUUCUUGUCGCUGGAGAAUGGGAGGGCCAGGCCAAAUUGUUGAAAUCUUACUCUCUGCCAUUGACUUCGAUUAUUGUCCGAUCCAUCGACGGACUUUCCGAUGAAGCAACACGACAAGGUGUAAUUGAUAAUUUGCUUCGAUAUGUGCACACGGACUCGAUUUGCUACUAUCAAGACUACCCCGACUCCUUUGUCAAACUCCAAGAUGAACACUGGCGACCGCUCAUGGCAUGGAUGAAAGAAGAGUAUGGUUUGGACAUUAAGACAACCAAUGGUAUCCUAUCCAUUCGUCAACCGGAAGAGGUGGUAACAAAAUUGCGGUCCAUCUUGGAAGACUUUGACUUGAUCACGCUGGCAGCAUUUGAGAAGGCAGUAUUAAGCAGUAAAUCAUUUAUUGUUGCCUUGGCAUUGGUCCGGAGGAGGAUAACGGUAGAAGACGCCGCCAAGGCCGCCCGCCUGGAAGUAUUGCAUCAAAUUGAUCGAUGGGGAGAAGUGGAAGACAGCCAUGAUGUAGAUAGAGAGGAUCUGACUCGACAGCUUGGAGCCGUUGCAUGCAGCUUGCUGAAAGUGGCCAGCUAAAGGAAAGGGGGUUUGGUGCACAGACGUCUAAUUGGGUUGCUAUAGCGUAGCUGUAUUUGCUUCUGCCAUACCUUUCAUAAUCAUUGUAGAGUAUAUUUAUUGCAACAUGUCAAAGGGGAUGACAUUCCCUCAUAUUAUUUUGUGAAA